AUGGCGGCGGAGCCGGGCGGGGCAGGCGGCGGUGGCGGCGGGAGCCCUCCCGGGCCGGACCCGCUGCGCGGGGCGGGCGGCGAGGAGGAGCGGGAGGCCGACGGGCGGGGAGCGGCCCGGCCCCUGAGCCCGGGGCCGCUCCGCGAGGCCGAGGUCACCGUGGAGAUCGGGGAGACCUACCUGUGCCGGCGGGCGGACGGGACCUGGCACUCAGCCGAGGUAAUCCAGUCACGACUCAAUGAGCAGGAGGCUCGGGAGGAAUACUACGUGCACUAUGCCGGAUUCAACCGGCGCUUGGAUGAGUGGGUAGAUAAGAACCGGCUGGCCCUCACCAAGACAGUCAAAGAUGCGGUUCAGAAAAACACAGACCAAUACAUGAACGAGCUGUCCGAGCAACCCGAGCGUAAGAUCACCCGCAACCAGAAGCGCAAACACGAUGAGAUCAACCAUGUUCAGAAGACCUACGCAGAGAUGGAUCCCACCACAGCUGCCCUGGAGAAGGAGCAUGAGGCGAUCACCAAGGUGAAAUACGUAGAUAAGAUCCACAUUGGCCACUAUGAGAUUGACGCCUGGUAUUUCUCACCUUUCCCAGAGGAUUAUGGGAAGCAGCCCAAACUGUGGAUCUGCGAGUACUGCCUGAAAUACAUGAAGUUCGAGAAGAGCUACAGGUACCACCUAGGCCAGUGCCAGUGGAGGCAGCCGCCAGGGAAGGAGAUCUACAGGAAGAACAACAUCUCUGUCUAUGAAGUAGAUGGCAAAGAUCACAAGAUUUACUGCCAGAACCUGUGUCUCCUGGCCAAGCUCUUCCUAGACCACAAGACCCUCUACUUUGAUGUUGAGCCCUUUGUCUUCUACAUCCUCACUGAGGUAGACAGGCAGGGCGCCCACAUCGUUGGCUACUUCUCCAAGGAGAAGGAGUCUCCAGAUGGGAACAACGUGGCCUGUAUCCUCACCCUGCCCCCCUACCAAAGACGGGGCUAUGGCAAGUUUCUCAUCGCUUUCAGCUAUGAGCUGUCUAAACUGGAAAGCACAGUGGGCUCCCCAGAGAAGCCCCUCUCGGACCUGGGCAAGCUGAGCUACCGGAGCUACUGGUCCUGGGUGCUGCUGGAGAUCCUGCGGGACUUCCGAGGAACCCUGUCCAUUAAAGACCUCAGCCAGAUGACCAGCAUCACUCAGAACGACAUCAUCAGCACGCUGCAGUCCCUCAACAUGGUGAAGUAUUGGAAGGGGCAGCACGUCAUCUGCGUCACGCCCAAGCUGGUGGAGGAGCAUCUGAAGAGCGCCCAGUACAAGAAGCCUCCCAUCACAGUGGAUUCCAUCUGUCUCAAGUGGGCACCCCCCAAACACAAGCAGGCCAAGAUCUCCAAGAAGUGAAGAAACGGUGGGACUCAGGAGUCCAAAUGACCCCUCAGUUGCAUGAGGAUCUGGGCUGCACCCCGCCUGACUACAGAGCACCGGAGCAACCAACCAGCUGGGAGGACUGGGCGACCCAGCUGGCUGUGUCCUUCAUUAGGCCAGUGCCAAUUCAGCAGGGCGGGUGACCUGUCCUGUCGCAUCUCUCUCCCCUUGAGCGUUGCAUGGCGGAAUAGGCCAGGGGCUGAGCUUUGCCCUCCCAAACAGCACUAGAAAAGGGGGGUCCCCGCACCACUGCCAGUGUCUGCUGCCCAGCUCGUCAGUUGCACGCUGCACUCUGGUCAAUAUCACUUUGGUGGGCUGGCUCAUGUGUUGGGGAGUGCAGGGAGGAAGUGAAGGUACAGGCUGCUUCAGAGGCUAUGGUGGGCAGUAGCAGCUGAGUCUGGGGCAGGAGGAGUUACUCAGCUGGCAGGGAAGGGGGGAGAGAUGCCCAUGGGUUAACAUGACAGCAUGUCAUUGGGUGUUCUCUGCUGGGCAAACAUUCCCUGUCCAGUUGAUCCCCUGGGCUGGCAAUAUGGGGAAGCAGCACUGGGGGAAGGUCCUGGGACAGCUGUGCUGGGAGACUGGAUCUGUCACACAGGCCCUGAAACAGGACAGGGGCAGUGUGUGAUUCCCUUCUAACCUACAGUCAGCUCUGGCGCGGUGCACCUCCUGCCCUGAGCUGGGGUCUCGGGGGGGGGGGGGGGGGCAGAAUACUGUAGCCCUGACUUACUCGCCCCCACACACACGCCACCAAUGUGCCCCAGCUGCUGCAGGCAGGGUCCAUUCUGGCCAUGAAGAUGCCCCUUCUGCUAAGCUUCCUUUAUGUGGACAUCUCCGCACUAGGAUCUCAGCUGAGUCCCCUCUGGAACCUUUCAUGCCCCGGCUGCCCCCCUGCUGCUAGAGUUCUUCCCCCCUGACCUGCCCCUUUGGCCUGCACUCCUUAGGCCAGGAUUCCCCUCACCAUCCAGUGCUCCCUAUGCCCCUCCUGCCCUGUUCCAGUUCUCUUUUCCCACUUCCGCUGCUGGGCUCCCUCCCUGAUCCCCCAUUCCAGACAUCCUGUGCUCCCCGCAAGGGAGUGGAGGAAAAGCAGGGACGUGGGGAUGUCUGCUGAGUUUGGCUGGUCUCAGUUCAGCAGCCAAGCACUGCAUGGGGUGGAGGUGUGUGGGUCUCUCCCAGGGCCGAAGGGCUGGGAUGCCCUGGGCCAGGGAUACACAGCAGAUACUGUCUCAGGGCUCUUUCCUCAGCACCGAUCUCACACUCUGCUAAUCCCUAGGCUGGCUCCACCAGCUGGAGGUGCAAGUAAGCAUUGCUGCCAGGGGGCUGGCGCGUGGGGGAAAGGUUGAUGCAAACAGCCCCCAAGCCAGUCCCCACGGCUUCCCUGCAUUCUGCUCACUGCCUACAGGUGUAUUUUUUCUGUUUUAAGAAGUGUGUAUUUUUCAUAAAUAAAAAGGAAAAGCGUGAACAGCC